AUGUCUAACUUUGACUUAUCAAACAUUUCUCCAAACAACUUUCUCUUCACUUCAAUCAGCCGAGAUGUUGCAGUCCUACCAGCCUCAAUUGCUCCAAGACCAAGCAAUGCUCAGGAGGUUCAAGGAGAACAACAGACUCCAGUGGCAACUAGUGAACAUCUGGUUACACCGCAAAACAGAAUAAACAGCUUGUCCAAGAUUACUUUCAUGGAGGUCAUCAACAAGAUCAUUGCAGAUGGAACUUUGUCAGCAAGAUCUAUGCCAGCCAAUAAUAGAAUGAUAAAAGGGUACAUUUGCCAUCCAAAGUUGAAAGGCACAGAUCCUAAAAAAAUAGCAGAGAAUAACAGCAGACCUGAAUGGGAUUUGACUUCCAGUUUCCAUAGUAGUUAUAACCACGCACUGAUAAUAUCUCUGCUGUCUUACUUGCAAGGACAAGGGAACAUACUCACCAGUGAUGUAUCAAUGUUGAAAAUGACAGAUAUAGUGAAGAAACACUUUAGCAAUCAGCAGAAAGAGUCCAGAAAGUCAGAGGAAGAAGGCAAUAAAAAGAGACAGAAAAGCAGAAGAUAUCAGAGAACAGGUGUUCUUGUUGCUCACCAGAAGGCACGUAGCUGCUAUCAACACUUUGCCUUUCAGAAAGGUGUAGUUUCCAAGGGGGAUUCAGACAACAAAGAUAACUUGACUGUGUUCCGACCAAGCUGGAGAAGUUAUGAACUUCAAAAACUCUUUGAAGCUGUAGAUUUAUUGAGUGGUAACAACUUAGGGGAUAAGUCCAAGUUGGUUACAAAACAAACCCAAGUUGACAUGGAAAUAGAUCUGCCAUCCAUGUCGACAAUCCCUCUGGCUGAGUAG